GCUUAUACACCAAAAUAAAAAUUUACGAAAAAAAACCGCAAAUGAAUUCAAAAGGCUUUGAGUUUAUAUCAAGAAAUUGUGAUGUCGUUAUUGAAAUCUACAAAUAUCUCAAUUUUGCAAAUCAAUUAAAAUUGGCCUGCGUAAAUGCCCCGUUGCAAACUAUUUUCAAGCAAUUUGUGUGGCCCAUAGAUUAUCGCGAAUUGAAGAUUUACAAUGAAAUGCCGGGAAGGGAUUAUGUGAUUACCAGUGCCCAUGCCAGUGUUGAUGGCAGUAGUGUUAGACUCAACAUUGAGGAGUAUCAACAUUUUCUCACCCUAUAUGCGGACAGUGUGGAGAAGGCGACUCUUAAGGCUUUCCACAAUAUAACGUCGUUUAGGAAUCUCAUCAGCUUAAAAUGUUGCAUGUCCAAUUAUUUAAUGGGGCCAUUGCUGCAAAUGUUAAAGGAAAAUUUGCCUUUUCUACAAAGUUUGUGGUUGACAAACUGCCAUAUUACCAGCGAACUGUUGGAGGAAGAGCUUUUGCAUAAUGUUGUUGGCAUAGAAUCCCUAAGGCUGCUGAGUAUACAUUUUAGCUAUUCGCCAACAAUCACUUAUGAACAUUUCUAUCACAUUGUGUCUAAUUUGAAAUUGCAAACAUUGCGAUUGACUUCAGUGUCUAGAGAGGUUGAAGCCCAGCAGUCUGCCUUAACCCAUGGUGGUCUGUUGCAGACCCUGGAAAUUGACAUACCUUUUGAUGCAGACUGCUGGUUUAAUCAUCAAGCUGGCUUUUUAAAUAUCUUGGAAAACAUUUCCACUUUGGAAUUAAGAAUUUCGAAAAUGGAGUUUACUAAUGAGACCCUACAACUUCUGGCUGAAACCUGCAAAAAUCUACAGCGAUUGACUUUGAGGCGAACAAAGUUCUCAGAAAUCAAAUAUUUUGUUCUUUCCCCAAGUGUUAACGAUUUGGGUUUUCACUACUGCAGCGGCUUGACCCAGAAAAAUUUGAGACAAAUACUAAGUGAACCUAACCGGCUAAGAACUUUUCGAUCUGAUUUUACCAGUUACACCGGAGUAUAUGAGGAAUUUCUAAUGCCUGCAAGCAUACAGUCACUGUUCAUUGAUACCCUUGAUGUGCGGCCAAUUCGUUGGACUGCUAUGAGUCACCAAUUUCGAGGAUGCUUUUCUCCAAGACUUCCGGAACACAUAAUCGAUUUGAUAUGCAGUAUACCCUUGGCAAGCUGUGAAAAUUUACAUACCCUUAAGUUGCAUGCCAAAUGCUAUGUGGGUCUGCAAGUACUGCUAUCGCUCAAAAAACUCAACACCUUAAAAAUGUGGAUACCCACCAACGAAUGGCAUCUUAUAGCCGCCCUCCUUAGGUUACCUGCAUUGAGAAAUUUACACAUAAUUUGCCAUUGGCUUAAAGUUUUAAAGGCGCCCUUCGAAGGUUUCCCAACGGCUGUGCAAACGUUGAAAAUAGAGAAUUUCUUUGAAGAAGGACUUGAUUUCUUCCUUGAUUUAUUUGCAAGAAAUUCUCAAAUGAUAUUGACUUUCAACACGCAGAGUUAUGACAGUAUCAAGCAACUUAAAAAAUUAUUUAAACAUGAGAAGUUUCCCUUGAACUUGAGGACAUUGCAAUGUAAUGGUUUUACUUUAGAUUGUGCUGAUCUAAGAAGAGAUUUUGAUGCUGCAACUCAACAUUGCAAAGAUCUUUACGAAGACUUUGGUAACACCAGCAAUCGUAUAGUUUUGAGAAGAUCUAAAUAAAGGAAAUGUAUUUACAUUAUAGGUACACAACAUAGGCAUAUGGGCAUUAUCCCACACAAGGGGUUAUAUGAGUAUGAUAAUAGUUCUUCAAAAAAUGUUUUAAACAAAUAACCUUUAAUGAUA